GUUGCCCUAGCCCGCUCAUCUCCUCACACUCCUCUUCUCAUUUCCUCUCUUGCCGACUGAAGACGAUCCUCCACAGCAGUCGAUCAAACUCCUCCACAUCUCCAAGAUCAACCGAUCGAACUCCUUUCCUCCCUGUUUUCCGUUGAUCUGCACCAAAAAGCCACCAUUUGCAGCCGUUGGACGAGUUCGACACCUGAGUACUCAAAGGUAUCCUGAUGCUGCUAAAUUUCGACAUAUCCCGUUGCAAUUCAGUGAAGACUUAGACAUCCUAUUCUUAGAUGCAGCUGCUACAGGGGAAUGGGCAUACAUCCCUAGCUCAAGGGUUAUGCCUCACACUGAUGAGAUUGUGGAGGACUUUCAUACCCCACAUGAUGCUGAAUUUCAUGAUGACGAUGAUUUAGAGGUGGUUCAUUCUUCCGAGUUAAACAAAAAGCGUUCAUCAAACACUGAUGGUUCAUCAACCAACAGCAAGACAAAGAAGAAAUUUACUAGUGCAGCUCUGCUUAUCAAGACACUUGAUCGUAUAGUCAAUGUGGUUGAGUCAUCUUCAGCAACUUCAACACAAACCUCAUCAAGAUAUCCUUCAAUUGCAGAAUUUUUGGCGAAGUUGGAAAGCAUCCCUGGUGUGUCCCCGGAUGAUGAGCUGUAUGUAUGGGCUGCCAGAUUGUUCUUACGAGACAAGCGUCAUAGGUGCUUCAUAACUUUUCCUACGGAUGAAGUUCGCCUGAGGUUUCUAAAGUUGGAGAUUGAGAUGGAGAAGACCACCAUAGGUUAUCGCGGCUAAUUGUUUCUGAAGUUGGAUGUUUUUGAAUUUCCUAAUUAGUUCAUAUUUAAUACCUUUAUUAAAACUUUUAUUAUUAAUUGUGGGCUGUUGUGUUGGACUUAUUAUUAUUUUUCUUUUUUUAAUAUUGACUAUGUUGGACUUUUAUGUUGGACUCAUUAUUAUUUGGAUUUUUAUUAAUAUUUUGUUGGAGUUUGAUUA